AUGCUUGGCCUCGAUACCAACCCAGAUUGUGCUCCCGUGCUGUUAAAAAGCUCGACGGAGCUGCCCGAGUAUCUUGUUGGAGGAACAUUGUACCGAACCGGCCCUGGCGGAGUGGGCGACUCUGCCGACAAGAUGAAGAUCAAACACUUCUUUGACGGCUUCACCCAGAACCACAGAUUUCACAUAAAGGAUACAAGCACCGUCGAAUACGCUUGCAGGUCGUCAUGCAACGCUCUCAAGCAAAUGUACAAGGAGGGAAGCCCCGAUAUGGCCCGAGUGACGAGUUUCGGACCUCGAGAUCCCUGUCAGACGUACUUUCAAAAGUUCAUGAGCGUGGUCAAGAUGCCUCUAUCUGAGUCCAAUGUCAAGACCGACGACGGCUUGCCGGCAGAUAUUGUCAACGUUGGAGUUACCAUUAAAAGAGAUAUCACGGGUUUGGUUGCGCGUACCGACUCCAACGUUUUCCAGAUCCUUGAUCCAGUUACUCUGGAACCCCUUACCAAGUACAACUACUCCAAGUUUAGUGGACAGAGUCUUGAUGGCCAGUUGACAGCCAGCCAUGUGGAGUUCUCUGCUGACGGUAAGACGGAGUACAACUACAAUCUGAAGCUCGGUAAGAUGCCUGAGUACGUGGUCUUUUCGAAAACCGACGGUCACAUCACAGAGCUGGCUCGUUUCCAGGCCCCAGGCACAUAUUUGCAUUCGUUCUGGACGACAGACAAGUACGUGGUGCUUGCUCUUUGGCAGGCCGAGUUUUGGGGAGGAGGAAUUGGUGUUCCGUUGAACAAGAACGUUCUCCAGGGCAUCACACAGGAAUGGAACUCGGAACGCGAAACGGUCUUCUACGUUAUUGACAAGGACCCGUCCAAGUCUCGUGACUUCAAGACGUACAAGGGCCCAGCGUUUUUUGCAUUCCACACAAUCAACGCUUUCGAACAGGACGGAGAGCCGGUUCUGGAUGUGUGCACGUAUGACAACAAUCGAGUUCUGUUUGAUUUCAUGCUGGACAAGUUCAAGAAUGAUAUGGCCGGGGUGCAAAAGAACAAGGCGUUUGUGACCCGGUUCAAAUUACACGACGGGUUGGCUCAGACGGUAUUCUGCUACGACACUCCUUUGGCCAAUCUGGAGCUGCCCACCAUCAACCCGAGAUUUCAAAACAAGGAGCACAGAUACGUGUACGGGGUGAACAUGCAAGAUAAGGGCCAGUUUUUAUUUGAAGCCAUUAUUCGGAUGGACUUGAAAACAGGAGAGACCUUGUACUUCAUAGAAGAAGACGAGACUCCUGGAGAGGCUCUUUUUGUGCCAGAUCCAGAGUCUGACGAAGACGACGAGCUUGCCGGUGUCCUGCUUUCGGUCUCGCUAAACCUCAAGACAGGCAAGAGUGCGUUGCUGGUUCUUGACCCGGCAACCAUGACAGUCACGGCCAGGGUCCAGAUGGACUCUAAGGUCAACUACGGCUUCCAUGGCAGUUGGGCUAUGUAA